GAGCUGAAGUUAAACUUGCAGAGGCGAGUCGGGAGCAGCAGGUAACUAGUGACUUCACUUCUUCCUCUGGCACCGAGGAGGAAAGACGGAGCAACAACGGUCGUCUGUUGGCGCCUUAGUGCAUGGUGAUGGUCAAAGCCACUACUCCCUUUUUUUGGCACCUACCGAGGGACACUGCCGUCAGAUCGCGGUCCUUUUCUUCCGCUCUUGAAGUUACCGGAAAUUCUUAUACGCGCAUCCUUGCAGUUGUAGGAAGUCAGCUGUUGAGGGACAGACUUACGUCUUCCUACCUGUAACCUGACUUUGAAUAGUCAUCUUGAGAGAUUAAGAAAGCAAUGAACUGCGUUUGUUGUUGACCGGAAGUAUGGAAACUGAUGUACCUUUUGUUAAAGAAAUCACAAGUUACUGAUCUAAACAACCAUUUUUCUUUUUAACCUCGUCCUUUGUCGCGUUACGAUCGUAAUUGCCAGCCGGAAAUCCAGUUUGGAUCAACUUGGCAAUAUUAAAAAGCAGCAGAAGACUAAAGAAGAAGAAUAUCAGCUUGAAUGAGGAAAUAAAAACACGAAGAUUAGCGUUGCACCGUUGUACUCACGAUAAUUAGACAUCGUCUUGAAGUUCAGGCGAGAAGCGCCAAAAUCAACCAAUAGAAGUAAACAUCGAAUCUAAUACAUCCGUAGGUGUCUCUGUAAAGGGCCAACUUCAUAUAAAGUGCUCUUGCAUUCUUUUAGGUCAAGUCAAUCACUGAAAUCUGAGCAUACUAAAAGAAGAAGGGGAAGUAGCUAAAAACGAGAACAGAAGAAAAGAUAGCGAGAGAAAUGGAGUUAGUAGAAAAUCGGACGAGCCCUGCGCCCUGUCUAGUGACACUGAACCUCUCAGACGUUGGAAGAUCGUUUGCACUGAGCAAUAGCAGCGAGGAAGAGUACCCGUUGUCUCCGGUUCCCCAGCCGAAUGUACCGGGAUAUACAUUACAGGGCAUCUGGUGGCUGGUUUGGUUGGUGUGCCUGGAAUAUCUGGCGUUGUGGUGGCAAGGUCAACGAGUGCCAGACCUCCAUGACAACAUUCUCUCGCUGGUCCACGCAACGCUCUACGAAGUGUCCAAACUCUUUGUAAGGGGGUUUGAAUACGGAGUCUAUGCGUGGGUAUGGAGCCGUUACUCAUUCUUCCCUCCUCCAGACGAUUCCCUUCUGUCCCUCCUUUUGAUGGUGGUCGUGGUAGACUUCGGAUUCUAUUGGCUGCAUCGAGCUAGUCACGAAAUCAUGGUGCUGUGGGCAGUCCACCAAGUUCACCACAGCAGCGAAGAGUUUAGCAUGGCAGUGGGUCUCCGCCAUUCGCCCCUCCAGAGACUUUUCUCUUGGGUAUUCUAUCUGCCUUUGGCACUCUUUGGCGUCCCGCCGACGCACAUGUUAGCCCACGUUCAGUUCAACACGCUCUUCCAGUGCUGGACCCAUACGGAAGCCAUCAGGACUGUUGGGCCCUUGGAAUAUAUCUUCAAUACUCCGUCACAUCACCGAGUUCACCAUGGUUGCAACAUCUACUGCCUGGACAAAAACUACGGCGGAAUCUUCAUCAUGUGGGACCGUCUCUUUGGUACCUUCCAAAAAGAACUGUCCGAUCAGGAGAUCGUUUAUGGGAUCGUGUUCCAACCUGAGCGAUUUAAUCCCUUAUACCACCAGAUCUUCUACCUGAUGGGAGCUCUGAAGAAGGCCCAGUCGUUGUCCACCUGGAGUGACUCCAUAUCCGCCCUCAUCAAAGGACCCAGCUGGGCGCCAGGUUCUCCUUGGACGGGUUGGGUCGAGGAUAAACUCGAUAUCAGAGGACCGCGCGACCACGUGCUAGUAUCGGCCGCAUCAGCCACCCACUGCUACGUCAUCGUGCACUUUUUGGCAGCGCUGUCUCUGACGUCAUACCUUGCGCCUUUGACGGCGGCGGGACUAGUGGAGACGCUUGUGUACAGCGUCAUGGUGGUUGCAAGCCUGACCAGCAUUGGCAUCUUGUACGAGGACUCCCCUUACGCCAGACCAUUGGAGCUGACCCGCUGCUGCGUCUCUCUGGCCUUCUGCAUGCUGGUGCCGCUCUCCUCAACCUCGAUUCUGGCCACUAUCACCACAGUCUACGCAGCCUCCUUUGUCCUGUGGGCUUUGAUUCCAGACAGCAUCAUGGGUCACAAAGUUUAAUCUUUGGUACUGAGUAUUCUUUGCUAAAAAGAUCAGGCUUUCGUUCACGAAUCGUUUAUAGCGUCUUCUGAGGUCUUCCUGUGUUUAGUUUUGCUAGGAGGACGCUUGAGAUAAGGUUUCCAGAUGUAAUUGUAUUUUGCAAAUGGAUACGCGAUGGAAACUUUACUCUUCAAAUGAUUUGCACCUACGUACAAGAGGACAUAUUUUUGUGUAUAAUGCAAAGGCAAAUACCAGGUAUUUAUCGAAUGCCUCACCUAUACACAACGGAAAAUAUCAGGUAUUCCGCAGACCAAUGUUUUAUCCACGCACAGGGGGAAAUGCCAAUUAUUAACUAGAAAAUAUUUACUUUUGUACUGUGGAAAAUGCUAGACACCAAGUAAAUGCUAGGUGUUAUGCUAGAAAAUAUUUACUUAAAAACCGAAGAAACACCCUGUAAAUCCGCCAGGUAGUUUACUUAGACACUAAGGAUAAUACCCGCUGAUUAUUCUCCUGUGUCACUCAAGGAAGCCACAAGGUAUUCUGUAUGUGAGUGUUAUGUACAGCAAACGUUUCGUGUAUACCACUAGAAAUUGUGUUAACUGAUAUUCUGUGAAAAGACCAGGUAUUCCAUCGGCAAGUGUGCUUGCUUCAGUAAUAAGGAAAAUGCCAGGUAUUCCACUAUAGCAAAUGUGUGCACGUACACACUAGGAAAUACAUCUAGUAAUCCACUAGCAAAUGUUAUUACUUUAAUGUACCAUUCCUUAAGUUAGAGUUUUUGUAUUUAUUUAUAAGGCCAGUUAUUUUGAUAGCAAAAUAUAUAAUAUAUGCACAAAGGAAAAUACGUGUUAUUGUAAGAGCUGCUAAUUCUAUUUUCCUUCCCUGAAAAUACCAAGAAUUUUAGUAGCGAGUGUUUGAUUCUCAUCAUGAAAAAUAUGUACAUGUUCCUCCAGCGCGUUUGUUGUUUUCAUAUAGGGGAGAAUGCCAAGUACCUUAGUAACAAAAUCUUUUGUCUGCGUACAAAGCAUAUCUUACUAAAAUGUGGGCAUAAUGCCUGCCCGUGUCAUUCAAUCAGGGCCAAACGGCUGGUCCGAUGGACAUGAAACUUGGCAGGGUUAUAGUGGGGGCCCCUAAGAUAGUUUAGAAUGGGGUUUCAUCCUACCUUCCCCCUCCCCUCCGAAGGGGGUGAGGGUGAGAAGUGGAUUCCCUGAAACGGAGCUGAUUCUGCCCGUGAAAUGAGGCUGGUUAUGCUGGUUGACUGUUACUUUACGAAUUUUCAUACAUAAUUUCUGUAUACAUAUGUUUGCUAGUACCAGGAAUUCCAGUUGUCAUAUUUUACUAAUUGCACUUGGUUGUCCAGGUAUUACACCAGUAAUUAUUUUGAAUUUUUGUAAUUGGAAAAAUGGAGUUAACGAGCCAGUUUUCAUUCAUAAUUAACUGAAUAAUUGCAUGUAAUUCACUUUUACCGGGAAAAAUGCCAGGUAAGUUCAGGUAAGAGUUAUAACUUACUGAUAAAUCAGAAAAGAUUCUGAAGUUACCUUGGCAAAUAUUUUUAGAGAAAUUUUGAUUUCAGAGCCAGUAGAAGCUUUCGUGAGUACUCUUUUGUUUGGAAUUUUCUGUUUGCCAUGACCACAUUUUCUCUUUGGAGACCAUUUUUGUGGCUGACCCUGCUGUUCAAGCUGUAUUGCGACAGAUUUCUUGUAAUUAUAUAUUUAAAUAUACUGUAUUUUGUGCUCUACAUGAAAUCUAAGUUUGUAUAUAUAUAUGAGUUUUUUCAACAUUACGUAGUUUGUCCUCUUCGGGUGACAGUAGGGGAAACAUGACACAGCCACCCCCCCACCAAUGCAAACUGGUUUGUCCGCACCAGGUGGGAGUAGUGUAGUUAGAGAAACAGGAGGGUAGUGAAGACAUCCACCCACCCUCUUCCUGCAAACCUGUUUGUCCACCCCAGUUGGGGUCGGGGUAGGUAAGGGAUUAGGAGCAUAGGCGAGACAGCAGCGCCAAAUAAAAAAAAUAUAAAAAAAAGGCUACUCACUAAAGCUUCUGCUGAUUCUGAAAUCAGAAUUUCUCUCUCUAAAUACACAUACAUAUAUAUAUAUAUAU